UAAAAAGCACGCAAACGCUGGCAUAUUGCAUCUAAUGUUUGGAAAGUCCCUGCAACAUGCAGAAUCACAGAAUGAUCUGGUUUGGGGAAGAACUUUGAGAUCAUCCAGUCCAACCUGUGASCCAUCACCACCUUGUYGAUCCCUGAGUGCCAUGUCCAGUCUUUCCUUAAACACCUCCAGGGAUGCUGACUCCACCACUGUCCUGCACAGCCCCAUCCAAUGCUCAAUCCCUCUCCCUUUAUAUGUUGUGACACUCCAUGAAAGCCCUCAGAAGUUCAUCAAGAUCCUGCUAUGGUUUUUUUUGCCCCUUUUCCUUUGGAUUUCAAUGCUGSAUUAUGGUUAAACAAGACCAAAUCUAACUUAGGAUGGUCACUGUGCMGGGAGGCAGCUGAAAGACGUAAAUCACUGAAACUUAUUGUGUCCAGAUAAAGGCACAAUAAAUUCACAGGUCCUGAAAUACCUGUGUAUGAAGUCACAUCUCUUCUGUAGGAGGGCUGUAUGUGGGAGAACAGGCACAUCCUAAAUUAAAGGGUGGGAAGAGAGCAAUUAGGGGCCUGUGGGGUACCAGGAAGGCCACUUAAUUUUCCCCAGAGCUGAGCAGUUAAAAGCAGAAAGCAGAAAUGUCAAUUACCGCUCAUGAAAGAAAUAAUAACUGCACAAAUGGCCACAAACAAAGGCCUGCAUCUGAAAUCACCUGCAAUUUGAGUUUUUGUUGAAUUCCCCUUUUGGCUCUUAAAAUGUUUUUGAAGCAGCAGUCGUCAGUGCUUGAAUAACAUAAAAUGUCACAGGCAUGAGUGACGCACAGCUUUCUCAGAAUUCCUGAUUUAGAUAUAAAUACAUGUAUAUAUAAAAAAUGAYGGAAAUUAGCCAUAAGCACAAGGAAAUGGUGCUUCCUGCAGGGUCGUGUCACAGCUGUUGGCCCUUUGCAAAGGAAUGGGGUGCUUUUAUGACAAAUGGAUUUGAAGUCCUUGGGCAGGUGUGAUCUCCAGGUUGGAGAAAAGGAUUAAGACUUUUUUUCCCCCACAGUCUGUAACUCUGUUAAAAUUAUGUCUGCUUARACACAUUCAUGAGGAAACUGAGGCAAGUUAGAAGCACAGAGGAAAUAAACAUCAGGGACUUGKGUCAAGAGCAUCUUUGCAAGAGCAAAAAAGUGUCCUUAAGCAUGAGUGGCAGUGAGCUGAUUUUGAUAUUUUUUUUAUUAAGUUUGGUACAGAAAUAAAAGUUUUCGGCAGGUAAACGGUGCAGGCCGUUCACAACUGCCUUUAGGAAAAAGACACUCCACCAGUAAAAAGCCAACCUUCAAGAUUUCAACGUUUCUUAAGACUGGAUGAGUCACGCGGCGCCAUGGCCUGGUUGACAAGGCGGUGUUAGGCCAUUAGUUUGUUACCCUGCAGAUGGGACACGAGGGCCAUCAGUGGUGAGCGAGUGUCCCCUGCAGUGACAAGGUGCGGCCCCGCCACGCGUGGGGACACGGCUGGCCCCGCCCCUUCCAGCCAUGGCCACGCCCCCUCCGUGUUUGGCCGCGCGCUAAAACCGCCCCCUCGGCUGCGGCUCCGCGCCCCAGCGCCGCCGCCAUCUCUGAUUGGCCGGCGGCAUGCCCUUGCGGCCAGCGCGGCUUCUGAUUGGCUAGGGGUGUCGCCUCGUGCCCGGCGCGGUCUCCCAUUGGCUGCAGGUGCCGGUGUUGUUGUUAUUCCUGUUACUGUAAACAGGAGCGGGCGGGUGUCACCUGUCACCUGUCGCCUCCUGUCACCUCUCUCACCUCUUGCCUCUUCGCCACUCCUUGCCACCUGUCCCCUGUCCCGUGUCGGCGGCCACUAGCCGGAGCUCGUUCCUCGCCCGCUCGGUCCUGCCCGGGCCAUGUCCCUGCGCGGCGGCCGCGGGCUGCCCUGUCUGGCCGACAUCUCCCCGCUGCCUUCCCCGGGCACGGCCCCGCUCACGCCGCUGGCGCUGGACUGGGGGGACUCGGCGGGCUCGGACAGGGACACCCCGAAAAGGGGGAAGCGGGGACUGCCCCUCCCGCGGCUGUGGCACACGCUGCCCCCUGAGCCGGUGGCCUCGGACUGUCCCCGGGACUCCAUCUCCUCGCAGCCCACGGAUGCAGGUUUGGGGCCGGAUUCCCCCGCACAGCAGAACUCCGCCUCGGUGCACAAAGACUUCCAGAAAAAGAUCCCAGAGUCUGGGAGAGCUCUCAAAGACAGGAAGCUCCUCGGACAGAGGAUGCCCUCGUCCCCGGUAAGUGCUGGAGGCUGUGCAGGGCUGARCACGGUGAGGCCGGGUCCUGCCGAGUCCCCGGCCGAACUGGGACGAGGAGGAUGGAGCCAGGAGAGGCGGGCAGGGCUGUGCAGCACCGCUCAUCCCCUGACUGUCCCACAGACAUGGCAGCUGGGAGCCAGCCCGGUCCUGAAGGACAUCUCCCAGCUCCCGGUGCGCAGAGACAGGGGGCGGCGGCGCCGGAGGGAGCCCGAGGAUGAGGGCGCGGGGCUGGAGCCUUCCAGGUCAGUCCGGCUUGAGGAGAUAGAGAACCUGCUGGCCAGCGAUGACCCGGAACUCAUUGGGGACUUCUCCAAGGCUCACCUCCUGCCGAUGGUGGAGGGGAAGGACCCGGCCCUGAAGUACAUCUCCCCUGCCACGGUAAGGGGGCUGCAGCCCCUCCCCAGGGGCUGCCUGCCCGCUUCCCCCUCUGCCUGUCCUCCGUUGUCCCCUCCCUUCGGUGACACGCUCCCCCCGCAGCUGGCAGCGGUGCUGACGGGGCAGUUCGGCGGCUCCAUCGAGAGAAGCGUCGUCGUGGACUGCCGGUACCCCUACGAGUACGAGGGGGGCCACGUCAAGGGCGCUGUCAACCUGCCGCUGCAGCGGGAAGUGGAGGAAUUCCUGCUGGAGCAGCCUAUCGUGCCCCCGGACGCCAGCAGGAGGGUGAUCAUCAUCUUCCACUGCGAGUUCUCUGUUGAGAGGGGCCCCAAGAUGUGCARAUUCCUGCGGGAGAGGGAUCGGUCCUGCCACGUGUACCCGCAGCUGCACUAUCCCGAGCUCUACGUCUUGAAGGGGGGGUACCGCGAGUUCUUCUUUCAGUUCCCGGGCCACUGCGAGCCCCGGGACUACCGGCCCAUGGAGCACCCGGCGUUCAGGGAGGAGCUGCGGCGGUUCCGCGGRCAGCGCCGGCUCCGCGCCGGCCGGCGGGUGCUCUUGGCCGCGGGCGGGACCUGCGAGCGCUCGGGAGUCCCGCAGCGCCCCCGGGGAAACGCCGGAGCUGGGAGCUGUUCCCCUGGCCGGGGAUGCGCCUCGACUUAGCCUGGUUUGUCAGGAUGGGUUUGAGGUGGAAUGUAGUGUUAAGAUUGGUUUUGCGUUUGUUUACCCUUAUAAAUAAUUUUGUGUUCGUUUAUUACAAACGUUUAGUGUUUCUUUACUGUUAUAAAUAUUUUUAUGUUCGUUUAUUGCUAUGAAUAUUUUGUGUUAAUUUAUUGUUAUAAAUACGUUUAUGUUUGUUCAUUGCUAUAAAUAUUUUGUGU